GUCGAAGUCAAUACUGAUUAGUGUUAGGGUGAAAUACAGUCGGGGUUGUACGCCUAUGGUGAAAACUACUGAAUUUAAUCAAUUUACAUUAUUCCCAGAAGUGCUAGAAGCCAGUUCGACAAAUAUCUGUUAUUAUCGAAGAUCCAUUACAAACUAGGUAGACAAAUUGUAGCCAUCAGACGCAAGACUCGCAUUAGUACAACAUUCGCAGCGACGUUAUAAUACAUCUGUAUCAAUUUACAAAAUUCCAUCAUGCCUUGUUUCAGUGAAAUCGGCUACCUAGUGUUAUUUACGUACUUUUGUGUGGAGUUUUUUAGCAUUAUCACCUGCGCUUCGACGUUCAACCGAGACGGAAAAGUAAUUUGCAACGAAAUACCGUCCGAAGUGCUCGAAGAAGUCCUGGGGGCGGCCUUCAACGCGCGAUACAUGAGCAUCGACCAGCCCGCGGAGGAGGCGAACCAGAACGGCAAGAGGACCACGCGCGAGGGGGCCGAUUUUUACGUGGACAGCGAUUUCAAGGAGGAUAUCGAAGACGGACCGGCGUGGAGUCUGAUGAAUCACGCGGCUAGAGUUAGAGACAUUAGGGAUACCAGGUGGAAGAGGAGCUCGGAGUACGAGCAGGAGUGGCACUGCCGGUCGCGAAUAAAGUGGACCGACCUGGGCAGGGACUAUUUCCCCAGGUAUCUGCGGUCCGUCGAGUGCCUGUCGCACGACUGCUGGUUCAACCUGUACAAGUGCAAGCCGCGCUCGUUCACCAUCAAGAUACUGAAGCGGAUGAGGAACAAGUGCGCGACGGCGGGGCCCGGAACGAAAAUCGGAAACGUCGGCCUGCCGCGCGAUCUCAAGGAGAUGUGGGUGUGGGAGGAGCGGGCGGUCAAUUUUUGCUGCGAUUGUACUAUUUAGUUUUAUUUGAAAUAAACGAAUUAAUCUACUUUAGUUUCACAUGAAUUGGCUCAUCGGAUCUUCGUCCCUUCGCCUCUUCUUGUAGUACUCCUCCAUUUGUUCUUCUGUGGGUUUCUUCGCCUCGAACAUGCUGUUGUAAGGCCGCUUUCUAUCGUCUGCAAUCACGUCUUCGUCUAUUUCUUUCAUCGACGCCGACAUUUUAACCUCCUUUUCCUUUUCCUUGUCCUUUUUCUUUUGCUUCUUUUUCUGCUUCUUCAUCUUCUUUUUUAAUUUUUUCUUCGAUUUCGCUUUAGAUUUUUCCUCUUCUGACGAACUACUAGAAUCUGAUUCUUCGCUUUCUUUAUCCACUGCUUCGUUCUUUUCUUUAACUUCAUCUUCAUGAUGUUGUUCCUCUUUAGGCUCAUCAUUAGUUUUUAUAUCUGCCAUAGGUUGAGCGUUAACUGAUUUUCCUGCU